UCUGUGGGGAGAACCAUGGAGGAAUUUAAAACCUCUGUAACCGUGGCAGCCCACAAAAAGAUCACCUUUGAACUCACUUAUGAGGAACUGCUGAAACGCACCCAUGGAAAAUACGAGCUACUAAUCCAUGCUCAACCCAUGCAGCCUGUGAAAGACUUCAAGGUUGAUGUGUAUAUUCAUGAAAAAGCAGGCAUCAGUUACAUUGGUGUGAAAGGAGGACUUAGCACCAAAGCUUUGGCCAAUGCCAUCACCAAAACCCUUGCAGACAAACAGGCAUGGGUAUAUUUCUAUCCUACAGAAGACCAACAAAGAGCCUGCGACAGCUGUGGAGAGCAAGGUAUGAAUGGAGAUCUGGUCAUUUCAUAUGACGUCAAUCGAGACAAUGGGCUGGGUGAUAUCAAGACUUCGGAUGGAUACUUUGUCCAUCACUUUGCUCCAUCUAACCUUGCCAGAAUACCCAAGAAUGUCGUCUUUGUUAUUGAUAAAAGUGGCUCAAUGAGUGGCAGAAAAAUACAACAGUCUGUAAUUUCAUGUGUCAUUAUAGGAGUAACAAAUAUUGAGAUAAUACAAACAAAUGUGAGACAGGCGAUUGCAGGAGCAUUUCCACUAUACUGCCUUGGUUUUGGUUUUGAUGUCAACUUUGAGUUCUUGGAGAAGAUGUCAUUGGAAAACAGUGGUGUAGCAAGACGGAUUUAUGAAGACUCUGAUGCUGAUUUACAGCUCAAGGGUUUCUAUGAAGAGGUGGCCACUCCUCUCCUCAAAGAUGUGAUAAUGGUAUAUGCCGGUGCAACCAAUCUGACGCAGACAAAUUUCAGUCAGUAUUAUAACGGCUCUGAGCUUGUGGUGGCUGGUGAGCUCAUUGACAACAACAUUGAAACAUUUGUGCCACAAGUUGUGGCCAUCUCAAGCAAUAGAAAAGUAAUAUUCUCUCAAAAAAAUGACUCCGUGGAUACUUCAACUGGAACAGUCACUGGUGGACUUCUUCAGAGGGUCUGGGCCUACCUCACUGUUAAACAACUUUUGGAGAAAGAACCUGGGUCUAAGAAUAGCAAACCCAAUGCUUUGUCCAGGGUGUUUGAGGUGGACAGGGAUAGUCUCAGUGGGGCUGAGGAGAGUGUCUUGCCUGAAUCUCUGAGAUGUGCGAGAGAUUGUGGCAGCCUGCCCUCAGUGUCCCACAUUGCCAUGAACUUUGUUAAAGGGUUGCCUUUCUCUGAUGGUAACAUUGUCAUCCCCACUAUCAUUCUCUAA